UUACACAAUACAAACACUGCUUUCUAAAUAAAAGUCUCUUUAUCUCUCUCUUUCUGUAUUUCUCUCUUUUUCCAUGGAAGCUCAACACCUUCAUGCUAAGCCUCAUGCUGAAGGAGAAUGGUCCACAGGCUUCUGUGAUUGCUUUUCUGACUGCAAAAACUGUUGUAUCACAUUCUGGUGUCCAUGUAUCACAUUUGGCCAAGUCGCUGAGAUUGUAGAUCGAGGAUCCACUUCGUGUGGUACGGCUGGAGCUCUAUACGCGUUGUUAGCCGUAGUAACUGGUUGUGCAUGUUUCUACUCGUGUUUCUAUCGUGGAAAAAUGAGAGCUCAGUACAAUAUCAGAGGUGAUGAUUGUACUGAUUGCCUUAAACAUUCCUUCUGUGAGCUUUGUUCUUUGACCCAACAAUACCGUGAACUCCAGCACCGCGGUUUCGAUAUGAAUCUUGGAUGGGCGGGGAACGUGGAAAGGCAACAGAACCAAGGAGGUGUGGCGAUGGGUGCUCCGGUCUUCCAAGGCGGCAUGACCCGCUAAGAUUUAUAUUUUUAUGUAAUUCAUUUGUCAUAUAGUAUGUAGUAAUAAAACGAGGUUUAAUCCUCUGUUUGUGUUGUAUAAUAUGCUUGCUUUAAAAGUUUGAACAUGAGUGUUUCUCAAUGUAUACUCUACUGUAUGGUUACAAGAAUUAAAUUACAACGUCCAGA